AGAGAAAAGAGGGUUUAUACGCUUCUCGCCGGAAUCGAGUUCUUCAUAUUGAACGGUUGGUUCUUGGUGAAGCCACUACGAGCUGCACCGCGUGCGCGCUGAGACUUGGGGUUUGGUCGAUCAUUUGCACCGCUGCUGUGAAAGUUCACUAGUAUAGGACAAUGAGGACGUCACUAGCAGUGGUCUCUGUAGUCGUUAUUAUGGGUGUGUUUGCCGAGCUGACUGCUGCAAUGAUCACAACGGACCCCGCAUGCCACCGCAUACGGACAAAGGUGGACAAAGUGCGCAGAUUCUGCGUCUACUUGUGCCACAUGCCCGAAGGAGACAUAAGGAUGGGACUGGAGGAAGACGGCACUCCUUGCAGGUCCUUGAUCCACGAAGGCGAGUGUCGGCGGGGCAGGUGCCGCAUGACCAAACACAGGAAGGCCCCCUCUCCCAAACACGACGAUGGUGUCACCGAGGAUAGUCCGUAGUCGCCAUCAUACCACAAGGGCCUCGAGCGACCUGUGAGAGCCAACUUUACAACCCCGGAUGAUGCGUCACCUGCUUUACUCGAACGAGGGACUCGAAUACAUCCGCGUGGUGACGGCGACCAAUACAUGAAGCAGCGGGCAGCCUUCAUCGCACGGAUUUGAACUUGAAUUGCUCUUCUGUGAAGCGGCAUUUUGCUGUUCUAACCAGCAGUAUCCGUAACAAGACUUUUAGCAAAGCAGUUAAUGUCUUGCAAAGAUGACAAUCGGUUAAAACCAGUGCAAGUAAAAACAGAGCUUUACGGGAAUUUACUAUAUAGAAAUUGAUGGACAAAAGAGUUAGACGCAACAUCAUGGCCGUUCAAUUGCUGUGCGAUACUACAAUUUCUGAUAAACUGGGAAUGAUUAUGUCCAGGUGGACGAUUUUACCGAGAAUCCUCAAAUUAGGAAAUGAGAGGGUGUACGAUGAUGAUCAAAUCCCCGGUAAUUUCACGUGCGAAGAACCAAAAGCUGUUGCAGAAAAUGCAAGUAUUUUGUUUAGUUAAUUUGCUUCCAGAUGGAUUCAUCGCAAAGGCGUAAUUUAUUGUGUACAUUGCUUGGCAAAUACUAUGCGUUUUUUGUAGUGAUACUGCGAAAUCGAAAUGGUGCACGUAAUAAAGACCUUUCCAA